CGACUACCAAAAUGAUUAGGACUGAUACAGUUGAGUAGCUAAAUUACAGCUCAUGAGACAUUAUCGAAGAUGUGAAACCGUACCGGAACAACCAGAAGAUGGAAGUUAGUAAUAUAUAGAUUUAUUUGAGCUCAUCACAAAGAUAUUGGAUUUUCGAUGGCGCAAAUAGCAAAGUGAAUCGUUCCGUGUCAGUUGCAUUCCUAUUGGCUGGAAAUCGAAAUUGUUUCUUUGGUCAUCAAAACUCUCUGGAGGUUAUCUCUAAAGCUUUUCAUUCGCUAAAAUGGCCAGCUCAUAAAACUUUUUUCUUACUACGGUUGUUUUGACCUAUCCUGUUAUCUAUGGGGAGCAGUUGGUAGGUCUACCGUGUAGCGCUAAUGGUAUUACAUGACAUUUUUCUUUACCUAGUCUCCUCUAGUGGAAGUGUGUAGCCCGAUCUCCCGAUUUUGGGGAAAAUUCUGCCUGUUUUGGGGAAGCCAUAAUAUAAAAUUUCAGGGAAAUGCAAUAAGAACUCCAAAGUUUCCCCCAGACCAGCUGAGAAGUACCCAAAACGUGGCAGAGUACGAAUUUUCAUAUGACUUUGGGGAGAACCUCAAAACCUGGAGAUUAGGCUUUUUCUCUCUUGUCACUUUGUAGAUUCGGUAAAGAUACAACUUUGGAAUAAGAGUUAGCUUGCGAUUCCCAUCCAAGAAAGUUUGAAUACACAUACAGUAUUAUUGUCACCUAAAUCUUUUACCUCGUGGUCCAUUAUUUUGAUAGUAUAUAGAGAUGUAUUUAUAGUUAGGAUUGGUUUUAAUGUUUAAAACUUUCAUACGAAAGCGGCACCUCAGGCGAGAUAUUAUUACUGUUUUGUUGACGUACCAGAUUAAUUUUCCAUUAUGGUGCUAGUUAUCGUGUCUAUGCUGUUUAUUGACAAUAUACAGCUGAACGUAGCGGAACUCUGUUUUUCCAUAACGCUUCAUGUAUGUUAGGUAGCUAAACAGCAUUCAACAAUUGCGUAAAACCAACACUUCACCCCUCUUUCUUUCGAUACCUAACACUACUCGCGACCAACAAGAAAUGUUUAUCUAAUUGCUUAAACCCAAUUGUAAUGAGUAUUCAUACAGCUAUUAAAUUAGACUGGGAUGCAUGUGUGUUGAGUUUUAUUAACAUUUAAUUGUUGAUAACCAAUUGCUUUUAAAAUUUCAAACCAUGAGCUAAACACCACCUUGUUAAACUAUAAUGAGAUCACUUCUUAUAUCCCACCAGAUAUUUAGCUAACUUCUCCUGAAAUACAUACUUGAUAGUCACUUUCAAAUCAACUCUAGAGAUAUUCAAGCUCCUCAAAUUUCCUUUAUUUAAAGUGGUUGGAAUGCAAACGGCUACUGCAGGAAGAGUAGAAAUCUUCAUCUGUUUAUCUCUAACGUCUGUUAACAAUAUAAUUUAUCAGGGUAUACCGUCGAGUUAAUGUUUACGACCGUCAAAGUAGGGAGUUUUUACCUUAACAUUUGAGCUUGUAUUGGCUAACAACAAGUUGUUGUGACUGAAUCUUAGAGAAGUCACUAUUACUGCUUCAUUGACACGAAAUUCUUGGAAAAGCACUAAGAUAGUACUCUGCCUAUCUCAGCCCGUACUUAGAUUUUGAAGUCCAGGAUAAACAUUCAUACUCUUAGUCGUUUGGAGUAAAACCGACAGACUUUAAUGGAAUUGUUAGCGAGAUGUAGACUGGAUUAAAGCAUGUUCAAUGCACGAUUGCUGUGCUGCACGCUGAUUGGCUAAUUCUUAUCCAAUCAGCGUUAGCCAAUACUUAGUGAACACUAGAAAUCUCAUGUGAAAAGCUAUAAAUAUACUAGCGUUUUCCCUAUUGCACUUAUUACUUGCUUCUUGCUUCCAUCUAACCUUGUUAUUUGGAAUAUAAUCUCUUUCCUGUUCAACCGUGUUCUGAUUUGGGGACUUGUCGAGUUAAUCGGUGUCCGAGAAUACUAAGCAAUAGGAAUAGCUUGGUUACAACCGUAAGAGAGAAUUAUAACAGGAAUGUAUCUUACAUUUAGUAGCACUGGUCAAAGAAGUCAGUUUAUGAAUGAAUUCCACACAUUAGUUUAUAACCAACUCAAUGUUCUGUUGACUUCAUAUAAAAAAGUACUUUUAAUCAAUAUAAAAACAAUCGUUUCUGGAUAAAAACAAUUGAAGCAUGUCAAGAUAUAAAUAUGUGGACCUGAAAAGUGCGUCUGGCAGUGUCAAUGUCAUCGCCAUUGUUAAACAUGUUAAGAAACCGAAAAAAACCAAAGGUUCUUCAUACUCACUGUUUUUUUCGAUCACUGAUCCUUCUUUAAACGGUGAUAAAAUGUCAUGCAUCGUUUUCCAUGAUGCGGAAGGAAAUUUACCUCAGAUUCAAAGUCCUGGAGAUAUUAUCAUUAUGCAUAGGCUUGUGAUAAAACAAUAUAAUGGUCGAAACCAAGGCUGCGGUUAUGGUGCAACAGGUUUCAGUGCAGCUGUAUUUUCAGGUGUUCAUUUGGAUCCAUUGACUCCUUUUAAAUCAAACACUCGAUGCACUUUUGGUGAUGAAGAGCUGAGAGUGAUAGAACGCUUAAGAGAGUGGUAUAUCUCUCCUAACUGCCCAGUUGAAAGGGAAAAUAUACAAAUUUCAGCCGAACAAGGUGGUAAUGAAGUAUGCCGAACUAUUACAUCUGGAAUAAAAAGACUUGAUCUUCUGAAUGGAGAAGAAUAUUGCACAAUUGAAGGACAGAUUAUCAGUAUUUAUAAUUCUGUGGAAAUUGAUAAUCGUAUUGUUCUAUAUAUAUGGGAUGGACCACAAUCUAAUAAUAAACAAAAUACUGUUUUUAUUGGUCUUUCUCAAGACCAUUUACUUCAAUUACUUCCUUAUUCUCAGCAUGAUCCUCAUCUUGCUGCCUUAACAGGACACAAUUUACAACAAUGGAAUGAAAAUAUAGUGAAGAAUUAUGAAACAUAUACCGAAGAUUUAGAUAAGGUAUUGAAGUCAAAUUUUUCGUCUAAUUCAAUGGAAACUUUUCGUGAUUGGUCUGUCCCAAUUUCCAUCUAUGAUGAAUACGCUAUUAGCGAACCGAUUGUCAACAUUAAACCUGGUGAUUUGAUACGUAUUCAUAAUGUGCAUGUUAGUUGUAGUCGAAAAAAUGAUCAAUCUUGCGGCUUGCAAUUAAGAUUACAUGGUAACGGUCAUAAAUUUGGACGUGGAAUAAAACAUUUAGGUAAUAAAUGUUUACUAAUGAAUUAUUUGAACGAUACAUUAUUCACUUCGGGAGACGAUGCAAACAUAUUAGACGAAGCAAAUAGAUAUGGUCUCUUAGACAAUUUAAAAAGUGGAAUAAAUUUAAGAUCUCCACUACUUAAACCAAAAUGUGAACUUUUGCCGUACGAGCUACAGUAUCCCCUCACUAUCUCACAAAUACGCAAUAUUCCUGUAGUAGUCAACGAAAAGCAAAGACAACUCAGUGAUUGGGAUUUAUUAUAUCCUAUACAAACAGAAUUUAUUCCACCUAUUCCUCCUGACAGUUGGCUAACCUGUACUGAUUUGCUACUCAGCUCAUCAGAUCUCAAUGUUGUUUACACCCGAUUAUGUGCUCGAGUAGUUGAUAUUGCUCCACUGGAUGUUAAAACGUUAAAAGAUUGCUUACUAUUAACAUGUAGUAAUUGUUCCUUUUCAAUCAGGGGUUCCAGUAUCUCUGAUGAUGAUGAGUAAGUAUAAUAUUUUAUACCUUAUUUCUUAAAAAACAAUUUCUUCAACACCCUGAACAAUUUAGAGUUUUCAGAGUCCCAUUUACCAAACGUCUAUUAUUAAGCUAGCUCGAUGAUGCAAGUUUUCUAUUUUCGAUUUUUCUGGUAUCAUUCGAGUGAGAUAAUUAUAUAACAACACAAGUUUAUUCUUAGUGUAAAAAACGGAAACCCUAUCACUUGUUAGUUACUUUAAUUUGAAUUUACUUAUUCCAAUAUCAUAAGUAACUACUAAAGUGGCAUUUAGCAAUAUUUAACUAAUUCUUGAAGAUUUAUUAUUAUUGUGUACAGAUAAUGUAAAAUUCACAUUUGAAGGUGAACACUUCAGACAAAUAGAUGGUGUAGCUAUGUGUAGCCCUCUAGGACUAUUGCUGGCUGACGUGUUCAUGGGAUACGUGGAAAAUUUAGUUGAAGACUCAAUUCGAAAGAUGGGUCUGUAUAAACGAUAUGUAGAUGACAUAAUAAUCAUAGGGGAUAAAAGUGAAGACAUAAACCGCUUGUUAGAAGAAUUUAAUAGUAGUCAAAAGCUCAUUUUUCUUACAUGUGAAGAAGAGAAGAAGAACAACCAACUCCCUUUUCUUGACAUCCUGAUUAGUAGGAGAGAUGAUGGUUCCAUCAAACGUGCUAUAUAUAGAUAACCAACAUGGACAGGACAAUAUCUUAAUUUUCACAGAACAUGGCAAUUCUCCCAUGCUAACUAAUUAACGAAAACUGGGGUUUUAUAUUACUUUUCCUAUAACUACUUAUUCUUAAAAGUAAAAGACACGCGUAGGUGUCUCCGGAGCAUUGCUAGCAUUUCGUAGGACGGUUGAUUUAUCAUUACUGAAGUUAAGCAUAUGGUACUAGACGACGUUGGUAAAUCGCGUUGGAGGUUAUGAACUUUCAUCAGCUGAGAUGGUUAGGACAUGUUACAUGUACAUUGUCACCAACUACAUCGAUGGACAAUGUUAUCUGAUGUAGGAUUUGUUUUUAAGUUAGGGGGCUAAAAAGAAACGUGGCAUCAGUCCAUGAAGUAAUUAACUUGAUCUGAGUCAUGCUGAUAAUUCUAGACUACGUGGUCGGGUCCGCGAGAUUAACGCAACCAGUGGUUGGAGACUUUGGGUGGCAUAGAUCAGAAUCGUUGACAGUGGCACAGAUUCAUUCACUCUUUGUCUUCCUCUCGAUGUUGAAUUCUAGUAUCCCUUCAUACAUAUCUUUCCACUACAUCUUUUUCAGUCUUAUUGUCAUUGCUGCUACACUAUUCCGAUCUCUUAUGCGAUUAUCCUGUUCAUUCCAUCUCGUCGUGCUGAUAUUAUGGCAACGCAUCCGUGCCAGGCUUUACGUUGACUUAUCUAAUCUGUCUUUUAAAUACUUUCUAAAAUUCAUCCUAGGUCAUUGUAACUGUAUACCAACUAAUUCACUUUGUCAUGUCUGGUCAGACGAUUUGCUUCCAUACACUUACAAUCUACGGCGAAAAUGUUUUGCACUCGUACGUAAAUGUCCUAAUUUGAUUUUCAAUGCCCAGAUAUUUAUUAUCUUUCCUUGUUUAAAAAUCUUUUUCAGAGCACUUUGCGAGUGUGGUUCUUGGUAAGUUAAAGCGUCUGUAUUCUUAUUUUAUACCGAAGCUUAUCUAUUCUUCCUUUAUUCUUCCUUCAUUUAGAAGAUCCAUCCGGUAACUUAAUUUUAACUGUCACAGGUCAUAAUGCCAUUGGCUUAAUUAAUAGUUUAGUUGAUGAUGAUCUUAGACCAUGUAUCAAUAAUGAUGCAUGGUGGACGGGACUAAUAUUCGAGAUGAAAGAAUUACAGAAUAUUGGUAUAUCACCAGAUCAAAUAGUUCUUGAACAAUGUCGUCGAUUAUUGGGUCAGUGGAUUGAUGUUGCAGUUAAAAUAAGUUGGUCAAGGAAAUCCAUUCCAGGUACUACAAACACCGAAAAUGACAAUGAUCUCCAGUUUCAUAUUAAUGAUUGGAAUUUUGUGUAGGAACGUAUGUUGAAAUUACUUUACAUAAAAUCGGAUUUAAACCACACAUUUCUCUUAUAUUCCAUGCUCACCUUGUGCAUAGUUUUGACAUUUUUUUAUCAACCCAGUUUCUACCAUAAAACUUUUUAAGUUGCCUUGGUUAUUUUGCUUACCGUUGUGGCUUGAGUUAAGGUUUUGUAUUUUUAAAUUCUGAACGACUAGGAGAUUCUUUGUGCGAAUAGGAUCCAUGUGAAUUGAAUAAACCAGACGACUGACACAACACUUCUCUGCUAAAUCAAGGAGUAAAUAAAAGUCUUAUAGCGACAAUGUAUUGGUAAGGACCAUCAGAGGAAUUGUUUGAGCUCACAUCAAUCGUCACAGUGAAUUUACGAAUACAAUAAGGUAUUUUAAAAUCAAGUGGCUAAUUUUAUGUCGAAUGGAUCAGUAGAAACCAGAUUUCACUUCGCAUCAAGUUAGUCUUGAGAUAAUAUUCGAAAGAAAUUAGUGUUUGAAGAUUCAGCAUGUCCAACACUAAGUUAGUAAAAUGAAGCACACACUUUAGAUGCUAAAAUACACCCUACUAUUGAGUUCUGAAUGAAGCUUUAACCCAAGUGCUUUCAUCCGUUUUCGCCUAAUUGAAGUUUUAACAUGUAGAGCACCAAUUUACUUGAAACGGCGUGAGUACUUACAGUAAGUACAUACUAAUUUGUGUUUCUAGUUCAUUGUCGUAUUUAGUCUUUUAUUAGUCGCAAAACGUUCGUGACUAUAACACUAAAACAGGCCCCCAAAUGCCCUGGUAUGGCCGAGAAUGGGGUGGGCCCUCCCUCCCUUUCGAAAUGCUCUCACAUGGCCACGCGUGUACAGCCCUUUCCAGGGAAGUCCUACUCACUGCCUUCUCGCGGCGGGGGUGUUGUUCACAAAAUUGAGAGGACGAAAAGCGAAUGUCCGGUGCUUUAACCGGAUCCCAAACCAAUGGUGCACAUGGGCUCCAGGAUCCUGGGAUUAAAUAGCGUAUGAACCAAUCGUUGGUCACCGGCUAGCAUCUCCUCAUGAUGCUCCAUCGCCUUGUCGGUUAGACCUUUAGGUUCAAGGCUCGGGGCGUGGCCCCCUAAGAAAACCACCUGCUUCGGUCUGGGCACCCAGGCAGUAUCAUAGCCCACACACAAAUAUAUUGGUAAUGAAAAUGUGUGGCGCAUACAUAUUUGGUGCCCCUUGUACCAAUGUUUAUGUUAUUAAAUAAAUAAACACUAAGACAGAAUAGUGUAAAGUUGUUCGGACAUGUCAGUCAGCUACAACGUAGGACCAGGCACAUAUGUGCAUCGGUCCAGGUUGCCAUACCGCAUCA